UUUAAAAACCAAACAACAGGUUGUUUUGUGUGCCGGUCGGUUCUGAAUUUUAUUUCCCUGUUAUGCGUUAAAAUGCUGUUCAGUUUAUUCAAUUACUAUUUCAUUGUGGGCUUUUAUGCCAUCGGAGUGUUCGUUGCAUCUUGUGCAUUCAAACUGUGUUUCUAUGCAGCCUAUUUAACUGACCAACGAACGGCACAGACACCUUCCGAGUAUGAUUAUAUCAUCGUUGGAAGCGGAACAGCCGGUUCCUGGAUUGCCACAAGUAUUCCUUCCGAAAGUGUGCUCAUCGUGGAAGCUGGUCCGACGUGGAACGGGUUAAUGGACAUUCCACUAUUUUUGCCCUUAGUGCACGGCACACAGUACGAUUGGCAGUACGUUACAGAACCUCAGACACAAUCCUGCUGGGCUAUGAACGAAAAUCGUAGCCGUUGGCCUAUGGGUAAAACUGUCGGUGGAACCCACAUGCUUAACAACAUGAUUCACUACAAGGCGGAAAGGAAGGAUUUUUCUGAUUGGUUUGAACGUGCCCAAGAUUUAGACCGAUUUCUGGAGUUUUUCGAGCACGAUCUAUGGUCGAAUGUGGAACGCGGGUUUACCACCGAGCUGGGAACCGUGUUUAUCGACGCUGCCAAAAGCCUCGGGUUCGGAGAGGAAGAGUUUUUCCAACCCUUCCUUACAACACGACACGGCAAACGAUGGACAACGGCCCACGCUUACGAAACCGCCCAGCGAAACGGACACACAAGAAUGACAAACAGUUUGGUGGAAAAAAUAACGGUUCAAGAAGGUGUUGCCAGAAGUUUGCUCGUUUCCCGCGCAGGUGGAACACCUUUUUUGGUAAACGCACGAAAAGGAAUCAUUUUAGCAGCGGGAACGGUCGGAUCGGCUAAACUGCUGCUUCACAGUGGCAUUGGGCCUCGGAAGGAGUUGGAGAAGCUGGGUAUUGAUACGGUUGUCGACCUGCCACAUGUUGGUAAAAACCUACAAGACCACAUCGGUACGGGAUCGGAGCUGCUUUUAAUCGAGAACUCGCUUAAUCUGCAUCCGGUUGAUUUGGUUCAUCCGGCGAAUGUUUGGAACUACUUCACCAGCAACCAUCGCCAAUCGUCACUGUCGUUCGGUGGUUGUGAAGCGGUCGGAUUUGUAUCGCUGGAUAGUAAUUACACGAGCGACCUGCAAUUUAUGGUACUUCCGGCCGGUCUAACUUCUGAUGGUGGUGUACACUUGCGGAAAAUUCUGAACCUACAAGAUUCCGUAUGGGACGAUUACUAUGAACCGCUGUUGCGUAUGGGACAGCCAGCCGUUACGGUUUUACCAAUACUGUUACACCCAAAGAGCAAGGGUCAAAUCGUUCUAAAAAGCGCAAAUGUACGGGACACGCCAGUUAUCGAUCCAAACUAUCUGGCCUCGCAAGAUGAUGUCACCGUUCUCAUCAAAGGAAUACGCUUGCUGCAAAAGAUCACACAACAACCGGCAGCGAGAAAAGUAGGCCUAGAGUUUAAUCCAAGACCGUUCCCCGGUUGCUCGAUGCUACCGUUCGAUAGUGAUGCGUACUGGGAGUGCUACGUUCGAUCCGUCACGCACACAAUCUAUCAUCCUGUGGGGACGUGCCGGAUGGGACAUUCCGAUCUGGAUUCGGUCGUGUCAUCGGUCGAUCUGCGUGUGCAUGGCGUGCACAAUUUGUUCGUAGCGGAUGCGUCCGUUAUGCCGAGCCUUCCGAGCGGAAAUCCGAACUCAGUUGCAAUGGCCAUCGGCGAGUACUUUGUGCGAUCGAAUUUUCCACCCAUAGGAAUGCCGACGAAAUAAAACAAAACGAACCUGUCCUCCUGUUGCUUAGACAACAAUGACGUACAUGAAAAGCACA